AUGUCUUUUGAGGAUUUUGGAAGUGACCAAAACGAUGUCGAGCUUGAGUUAAGCUACUUACCUAUGGAGUUAAUCAGUACAAUAGACUGUCCCCCAGUUAUCAUUGGGAAUGAUCGAGGCACUGAGCCGAAGCAGCUUGCUUUCUCCCCGGCACUCGGUAUUACCUUGGGGAUAUUUCCCAUAUGCGGUGUUCCUGUGUUUCUGUGUGGAGUAGCUAUUGCGUUUCUUGGAUCUGCUUGUCAUGCUCCUACCGUGAUGUUGGCUAACAUCAUUGCCAGUCCAGCAGAACUUGCCCUCGUGGUGCCUUUCCUAAGACUUGGUGAGAAAGUCACAGGUGGACCUCAUUUUCCUUUGACAUCAGAUGCCCUGAAGAAGGUUUUCACUGGUCAAGCCUCCCAUGAAGUCUUUUUAAGCAUUGGUAAUGCGGGAUCAGUGAAGGCGCCUCGGAUACCAAAGGCGACAUUGAGCAUUUGCCUAGGCUUGAAGCGUUUACUAGGGUGGCUUGUAGCAACUCCAUUCUUCUUUAUUGCGCUGUACCUUGUGUUGCUUCCGUGUUUCAAGAUCCUUGUUCGCAAGUUUGGCGGCGAUGCUUCAACCCGCAAAAUACCAGUAUGUAUGGAGACGGAGCUCAAUCCGAAGCCUAGAGUCGCUUAA